CCCGUUUUCCAGCUCGACUUUGUGGGUGCUGAGCUUGAUAGGAAUUGGGGCAGAUUGGCAGUAUUUUCUUCGUCUUUGGUAGCAGCAGCAAAAGCAAAAAUGGAAGAGGAGGUAGUUGUCAUGGAGGAGGAGGUUAGUCAAGGUACCGUGAGAGACAAUAAUAUGUUUAGCCGCGUGUACUCCAGGAAAGGAUGUAAGAAGACAGUGCUGCCAGUUGUUCAGGAGUUGGAGGUGCCAGCCGUUACAUCAACUGUAGUUGAUACAGUAGUUCAACAGAUGGACUCGCCGGCCAUUGUGUCAACUUUUGAUCAAGUGGUGGAGUCAAAGUCAAUUGUCCAGGCUAUGGUCAUACAUUAUACCGACCCAGAUACGACAUUCGCUGAUGUGAUGCAGAUUGGUUUCCAGGCCACUGCUGCUCCUGAAGAGAGUAUCGGGACAUCUCCUACUACGAUACCUGUUGAGUCAACUGCUGUUGCUCAGGAGAGUAUCACAACAUCUCCGACUAUGGUGGUCGAUCCUUCUACUGAGGUUCUGACGCAAGGAGAAGCAGGACCAUCCGAGGAGGAGCUUAUAGCAGCAACAUAUGAGAGGAUGGAGGAUAGCGACGAUGAUAUUAUCAUCUUUAAGAGAAUUAGGACUGAGGAGGAGGCAGAGUAUCUGUACUCUAUCACACCGGAAGCAUGGAAGGCAACCCUAAAAACUCCAGAGUUCGAUAGGUCAAGACACCACCCAUUCGGCAAAUCAGUGUACGUUCUGCCAAAGACUCUGUCGACGAAACUCGAUGAUACGGCUCUGCAAGUGGUGGAGUUCAUCUUCAGUACCACUGCUAAAGACGAGUAAGUUGACUGAGGAGUUAUUUAAUCACCAAUUUUAAUUUGUCCAACACACAUUUCUAACCUGGUUUUCAUUUGUGUUUUACAGUGGCAAAUUUGUCGUGGAUACUCCAACCGGUAACCUUACCCGUUCCCAGCUACUUUCAUUGAAGGGUAAAAAUUGGCUGCAUGGCCAAGUACUUGUAGUAUACGGGAUAUUCCUAAAUAACAAAGAAGUAUGCAAGGAGGUGGUGUAGAGAAUUGUCUUCCCAUGGAGCUAUGUAGUAAGUAUUAUCUUCACUACUUAGAUCCUAUUUAUAUUAAAAAUAUCUAAUUUGA